AUGAGUGAUACAAUUGACCAAGAAGAUGAAAAAAAGCCACGGUCAAAUUCAUCAUCAACAAGUUAUGACCGCCCUCAAGAUAUAAAUCGACGUUUAUCAGAAAUUAAAAGUGAAAUUCAAACGUUACUUCGACAACGAAAAAAAUAUAAUGAUGAAAAAAUUGCACAAGAUUCUCAAUUUAUUAUCAAUGAAAUGUUUGAGCUACAAAGAGAGUAUCAAGAAAUGAAUAAACAAAUUAAUCGAAAUAACACCAUCAAAAGACAACUACGUGCUCAAAUGUCGCAUUUACGUUCACGAUCGAGAGUACGUUAUUCGUCACUUGCACAAGCUCUGAAAGAUAAACAGCGCUUUGAAGAUGAAUUAAAAAGGCGACAUGAUAAAUCGGAAUAUAGAGAAUUAUUGAAAAACAAUCUAGCAGCUAUUGAAUCUGAUUUACCAUUAUUAAAAGAAGAAGCUGAAUUACAAGGACGGAUAACAGCAUCAGAAGAAGCACAAAAAACAGCUACGAAUAGAAGAGAUAAAAUACAAGAAGAUUGGACUAAAUAUCAAAUGAAACGUAAACAAAAUGAAGUGUUGUUAAACGAAAGUGCAAAAAAAGUGCCUAUACUCGAAAAAAAAAUCGAUCAACUUCGAACGGAACGUGAAGAAUUAUUAACAUUAACUCGAACAUCUAAAAAAUGUCGUAAAUCAACUAAAAAUUGUUUAGCAUCUGUAGACACAACAAAUAAGGAGAACUAUGAAGAAUUUACUAAUGAAUCGAAUAAAUUAAAAGCAUUAGCAGAAGAAAGUAUUGCUAUUGAACGACAUAAAACUGAAGAAAAACUUGCUCAAAUAAAAACAAUGCUAUCUUAUUUAUACGAACAAAUGUGUGAACAUGAUUUAGUUGAUACACCUUCACCUAGUACCACUGGUUUAAUUUCACCAUUAUUUCCUUCGUCGAAUAUUACCACCUUCACAAAUGAACGAACACCGUCCGAAGAACAAAUAAUACUACCGUCUUACAUGAAUGAUUCUGAUUCAGUCACUUUAUCCACAUAUCCGACACUGUCAGACACAUUAAAAUCUCCUCCCGUUACCACUGCUACGAAAUUACCGAGAUAUUUUUCACCGUUACAUUUAGAAAAAUCUGAUAGUAUUAACAGUGAUAGUAACGAAAUAAUGAAUAGUAAUUUAUCACAAAUAUCGUCAAAUAAUAUCAUUUAUGAUAAAAAAUCAGUCGAAUAUAAGAAGGAGCUUGAUAAUGACAUAUUGAACAAAUAUGGAGGUUCAACAAUAGCAAAAAAGAAACCGAACAAAAAGAACAAAAGGACAUUUGCUAUUAAACAUACAAGUCAAAUGUUACAAUUAUACAAUACAAUUCGUUCCUCGUAUCUAGAUACUAUGCAAUCAAUGCCAAUGUAUGAAUAUGAAAUUAAACCAGCGAUAAAAACUCUCGAAUUUAUUCAACAAAGUUUGGAAUCUUAUUUAAGCGAAUUAGAUAAUCGACAACUAAGUUUAUCAUCGACAGUGAGCCAACUGACGCUAAAAUCCACUACAGAACAAGAUCAAGAACAGGCAUCGAAUGGCAAACAAGAAAAUGAAGACAUAAUUCCGGAAGAACAAGAUGAACAUAUUUUUUCAUCUGUCAUUGAUUCAGCUGUCGAAGAUACUUACUCUGAAACAUCAUCGUUUGAUUUACUACCGCAAGCUAUUUUGCCUACUUUGCCCAUUGUGCGUCAUAUUAAAGAAAAACAAUCACCGUCUUCAUCGAAAACAGCAACUUCUUCACCACCAUCAAUAGCAACUUCUUCACCCAGACAAUCCUUAUUUACACCGUCAUCGCCACAACGAGAUCAUGAAUUUUUAUUAUCGGUCGAUGAAGAUUCACAGCUACCUCCUGCUACAGCUAUCUCCUUAUCACCAAAUGGAUUGAAUAUUGAUCGACAAACAUCAGAUGAAGGCUACCGUUCUUGUCGCGGAGGACGAGGUGGUGACUGUACACCUAUUCAAUCACACUGUCAACGACAAGUUAUUGCUGUUAAAUCAAUUUUAUUUCGUUCAAAAAGUUACGAUUCUUGUGAAAAGGUUGAUCAUUGGUUACAACAGCAAACGCCUUCAUAUCAAAAUAACAACAGAAAUCAUCAACAGAGAAAAGUAUCAUCGGAUGAGUACUACUGUUUCCGAGCGGCAACCAAUGAUGAUGAUUAA